AUGGCAGCUGACUCUGUCAAGGUUGAUAUUGAUGUCGAGUUUGAGCUGAUGACUGAUUACUUGUCGGAACUGAAGAUCAUCUACAAUCUUGUCAAGAGUUUUUUAGGUGCUGAAGAUAUGACCAGAUCAUGGAGAACACUGCUGUUUAUACAUAGUUCCCCUCUGACGAACUUUCUCCCCAAAUUUCAUGGCUUGACUCGUUUGCGUGCCACUAUGUGCUUAAAUGCAUCCCCUGAACUAUUGCCAAUCGUUCUUGAGAGCUGUCCCAAUGUGAAACACUUUGACAUUGAAGUGAUAGCUAGACUCUCCACUGUGCUGUCUCGUUGUUUGGUGUCGUCUCUUGAAUCUGUUGAAAUGGAAUGCCCGGUCACGGAGAUAGCUACUGAACUGGAUUUGGCUAGAUACUUUAUGAAGAAUUCUACAACACUCAAGAAGCUCGUACUACGUUUGAAUCAGUCUUCUACUGGAGAGAAACACAGGCCUGGUGUCUUGGACCAACUCAUUGAAUCUCCAAGACUCUCUAGUUUGUGUCAGUUCGAAGUUAUUCCAGUGGUUCCAAUCUCAGAAUCAUUUGUGUGA